AUGUCCACGCGGCGUGGCCAUCGGAAAUCUCGAUAUGGAUGUGCCACAUGCAAGAGACGGCACAUCAAAUGCGACGAGACAAAGCCCAUUUGCGGCAACUGCUCCAUCACUGGAAGAGAUUGCUCGUUCCUUUCGACUGCUGGCAUCGACGCUAGUCUGGGCAUAAGCACCACAACCGCACGCAUCGAGUCAUCAUCAUCAUCGCCGGCACAGUCUUGUAACUCUCUUUCUGCGGCAUCGAAUCUAGAGGCGUCGCAAUCUUCACCCCAACCCCAAUGCGGCGAAAUAUCUGAGGCAGACGGUAUCGAAACCCCCCCGGCCAACCUUGCUCAGCUGGAACUGUUGCAUCACUUUACCCACGGGUCACUGCAGUUUCCUGUGGCCCCGAUGGGAACGCAUGAUGUGACUCCACUGAAAAUUAUUGAGGAAGCGCUCGACUGUGAGUACCUCAUGAACGAGAUUCUGGCCUUUUCUGCGAGAUAUCUUGCGACAUUGAGGCCAGAUCGGAGCGUUUUCUACCUAAACCAAGCAAGACAGUUUCAAACACACGCGUUGGCUUGCUUCAACCGAAAGCAAGUCCACACGAUGCAAGAGGAGCAUCUACGCAUCAUCUUCUUCAGUUGGAUGCUCGGGAUACAUCUUUUAUGCGACGUAGCGCCACUCGGCCAGCAACAAGGCACGCUGGAACGGUUCUUUUACUACCUCCAACUACACCGGGGAGUACGAGCUGCCACAAUGGAUGCCUGGGAGAGUUUGCUCGAGAGUGAAUACCGUGGCAUGUUUCACGGCGGAGCAGCCUUGGCAAACAGGCGCCGCGGCGGUGGUUGCACUUCGUCGCUCAGAUUGUUGAUCCAGGACAGUCUAGGCUUGAAUGACAGCGAAAGGGAAAGCAGCCUAGAUGCGCUCGCUAGGCUUCAAUGGGUAUUUAGUGUUUACGAGGACACCAGUCUUGAAGCGACCCUACCUGAAUGUUUCCUGACGGCUUUCUCUUGGCCCCAGAUUAUGGACGCGGAGUUUGAAGGACUGCUAUAUAAGCGGAAUCCCGAAGCCUUGCUUGUGCUGGCGCAUUUCGCGGUUGUGCUUCAUUGGUGUAGGAGGCAUUGGAUCUUCUCGCAAGUAGGUUGCUAUCUGCUGAAUAGCAUCGCGUCCGAGUUGGGCCAAGGAUGGGGAACAUGGUUGCAGUGGCCCACACAGAUGAUCAACAAUGACAACUAG